UUCCUGUGUCGCCUCCCACCUUCCUGUCAUCAAGUGGGGGGUGGAGACUCACAGCUUCUCCUAUGAUUCCCUCACAUAAGAAUACUCCAAACACACAAAGAUUGUCCUUGUGCCAGUACCGUACCUUCUGUGUGUUUGUGAAUCAGAGAAGUUCAGGCUAGUUCACCGAGAACCUUCUUUCCAGAUGCAUGUGUACGCAUCGCUCAUCGUUGUCUGGACCUUGCGGGCUGUUGGGGGCUUCAGCUCAGGCAAAGUUGACCCAAGCUGUGAUACUAUGGAACCGCAGCAUCAUACCACCAGUCAGACAUCUCAAGCCCCAUUCUCUAUCUCCAUGAAUCACACCACUUUCCAGAAAGGUGAUGUCAUUGCAGUGACACUCCAAGCAGGACCCAAUCCGUUCAAGGGCUUCCUCUUACAAGCCCGUGGAGUCGGCCAGACCCAGCCUCUGGGCACUUUCACAGUGACAGGAAGCGAUGCUCAGCUUCUUAACUGCAGAGGGUUUGCUAACUCUGCAGUUUCCCAUACGUCUGCCUCACCCAAAACAUCAGUGAAAGCUCUGUGGACGGCUCCAGUAACAGGAAACCCAGGAGACAUUACAUUCAGUGCUACCUUUGUUCAAACUGGAAACGUCUAUUGGACUCAAGUGAAAAGUUCUGUGGUUAUUUAUAAUGCUGAACCUCUUCAAAAUACAAACGCAACAACUCCAUCUCUGCUAACCAUAUCUAGCAAUGGCUGUGGAAUCAGCAAGGUCUGCAUGAGUCAGCCAGGUAACUGUAACCCUGCCAACAGUUCCAGCUGCUACUUCAUGUCUGUAGUGAUGUCAUCCAACAGUUCAGACCUUCAUAUGGAAAUAUCUGGCCCAUCAGACGGUUACAUCGCCAUUGGAUUUUCUUACGAUCUCUUGAUGGGAAAUGAUGAUAUUUAUAUUUGCAUUUACAAUCAAGGACAAGUUCAAGUGCAACGUGCCCAUUCCACAGGAAUGACAACCCCAGAUAUCAUAUCGCAGAACAUUUCUGGCAUAAGUGUGUCUUAUGCCAAUGGAGUCAUCAGCUGCUCCUUCACUUCCCAUGACCUCAUCUCCUUUUAUAGAAGCUCCACACCGACCACCUCCUCCUAUCUCUUCUACGCCUAUGGACCCGUUAGCGGAGGCUUAAUCCAGCAACAUAUAAAUACGUUCACAAGUAAAGACACAGUUCAGCUCACGCCAUCUGUUACGGGGACAGUGGAUGAUCCUCGUCCUGCCAAAGCACACGGUUCAUUAAUGCUAAUAGCUUGGAUGACCACUGGGAGUCUGGGCAUGAUCAUUGCAAGAUACUUUAAAAGAGCCACCAAAGGGAGAGGCUGCUGCAAGAGAGACUUUUGGUUUUUGGCACAUGUGGGCCUUUUGUCCUUGUCUUACACUCUUACCAUCAUUGCCUUUAUCUUGAUCUUUGCAAACGCAGGGGACUGGUUUGACAACCCACACUCAGUUCUGGGCUGUUUAGUUAUGAUCCUGACCUUCUUCCAACCAAUUGUGGCAAUUUUCCGAUGCCAGCCCAGUCACAAGUGGAGGUACCUUUUCAACUGGAUACAUGCUUUGAACGGUCUGACGAUUAAAUGCUUGGCAGUGGCUGCCAUAUUUACUGGCCUACAACUGGUGGACACAUCGGCAAACCAGUGGCUCCCCAAAGUGAUGGGAGGGUUUGUUGGCUGGGAGGCUCUGUUCUUCCUGCUCUUUGACUUGCAUGCUCAGUGGAGCAAGAACAUUGGGCCAGAAGUAUAUGAAGACAUUUCAAGUUUGGUACCUUUAGAAGUGAUAUUUCUGAUUUUUUUCUUCCUUGGAAACAUAACAUUUUUGAUUGCUCUUCUGUGUGGAAUUGGUCUGUCAUGAAAUCUCUAGAAACAAGGAUUACAUCUAUGAAUAAAGGGAAAAGAGAAGUAAUACUUUUUUUUGGUACUACCCAACAGGAGAACUGGUUAUGUGUGAGAGAAUUGCUUAGGGAAUUUCAUCGUUCGUCCAUCCAUCCAUCCAACCAUCCCUCCAUCUUUAAUAUUUAUUUGAGCAUGUCACAUAGCAUCAUGUAUAGCACAUUCUAAUUCUAUUUUGUUUUGAAACAGUGUUUUAAAAAUACAGCAAAAUACAGACAAAAGAUAAAAGUAGCCAACACUUAAGCUGAGAUACACAGCUUGGAGAAAAAUUAAGAGACCACAUCAUAUUUUUUUAAAUCUGCAUUUUUAAAUGCUGGUUUAAUCCUAGUGCUUCCAGGCCCAAAAUUUCUAAGACAGCAGUACACAAGAAUAAGGUGAAGCAGGAGACACUGGGAACCACCAAAAACCAGCCAGGUUAAGGGAGGAAGGACUUUCUAAUACUAGAGAUGACUGUCAACUUAUCCAGCAGCUUGUCAUGAACCGGAGGAUGACCUCAGUGACCUUCAAAAGCAAUGGGAAACAUUAAGCGCAGAUGUGAAGUCCAUUUCUAGGACAGAUCAUAUCAGGCUCCUUUAAAGGAAGGAAGAAGCCCUUUAUCCAUUAGAAGCAGAGAAGAGACAGGUUAUAUAUUUUACACAGAUGCAUAACCAUAAAUUGAGAAAUGAGUGAAACAAAAAUUUUGAAGUGAUCUCUUAUUUUUUUCCAGACAUGUGUGUGUGGAUUAGGUUUCUAUUACGUUGCAGGGACCAAAUGUCCCCCACAGUGUAAAAAAAAUGUGUUUUUUGACCUUGUGGGGACCACUUUUCAGGUGGAAGCCUGAAUGCCAGAAUUCUCGUAUUUUAUUUGGUUUCUUAUGGUUAAGGUUAGGGCUGGGUGGGGGUUAAGGUCAUCAUGUUGGGAUUAGAGUUUUUCCCAUUGAAAUGAAUGGCGAGUCCCCACAAAGAUAUAAUAACAGUACAAACCUGUGUGUGUGUGUGGGGGGGGGGGGGUGUCUGUAUGUAUGUAUAUAUCCAACUAUGUAUUUUAUUUAUCAUAUUUCCUAUGUUGGAAGACAUUCUGGAAAAAGGCUACAUAAUCUGGCUAUUUGUGAAGCUUAAUGUGCCUUUUUAUUAAGUUAAUCUUUUUUCUUAGGGAUAGUAGCUGAUGUUUGAUUAUGAGGCUAUUUCAGGCAUAGCCUCAACCGUAAUCUAUUUGUUCAAAUAAUAAUUAUAACAAACUCUAUGCAUUUAUAAUGGUAGCAUCUUCAUGUAUCACAUGUUCAGGUUUAACACACAGAAAUCUAAUUUUCAGCUCAUUGUAUAUUUUGGAUUUAUGAAACAGUAGAAUUACAUUCAAAAUAUAAAUCAUUGUAUUUUUUUAAUUAUAACU